AUGAAAAGAUUAGUGAGUGAGAAUUUUAAGAAUUGGCAUAAGAAACUGUAUGAAGCUCUUUGGGCCAACCAUACAUUGCCAAAGAGGGCAAUUGGGAUGUCUUCGUUUGAACUGGUCUAUGGUGUUGGUGCUCAGGUAGCACUUCCUUUAGAGUUGGCAGCCACCAAACUACAAACAAUUAUUGAGGAUGUUUACUUCCAGAGUUCUUUAGAAAAGCGAAUCAUGCACCUGACAAAGAUUGAUGAAGAAAGGGAUAAAUUGGUGGAUCGUAUAACAGAACAUCAAAUGAGGGUAAAAAGAUUAUUUGACAAGCGAGAAAGGCCUCAAAAGUUCAUGCUAGGUGAUCAGGUACUGCUCUGGGACAGAAGAAGAGAGCCCAAGGGAGCACAUGCUAAGUUUGAGUCGCUCUGGAAGGAACCAUUCCUGAUUCAUGUGGUAAAAGGACCAAAUUGUUUUAAACUUUCAUAUCUAGAUGGUACCGUUCUUCCUUUGGCCUACAAUGGUCAAGAUUUGAAAUUAUAUCAACUGUAA